AUGGAUGAGAAAGAAGAAAUGCCACCAAAAUCAAACAACGAUGAUGAAGAAGAAGAGAUUGUCGAAUAUGUCGAAUUUGUGUACGAUAGUGAAGACAAAAAAAUCACAGACGAAAUCAAACGAACAAUGACAAAGUUGAUUGUGCGCGGGCCUAAUGUCAAGACGAUUGGAAAGGGAGUCUUCAAGGAAUGUGCAAAGCUAAAGGAAGUUGAUUUCACCGAGGCAAUUGCGUUGGAAACGAUUGGAGAUUCAGCCUUUCGGAAGUGUCCUAGUCUCCUUGCUUUCAAGUGCCCAUCGAAUGUCAAGACGAUUGGAGUGGAUGCCUUUGAGGAAUGUGAAAACCUGAGAGAAAUUGAUUUCACUGAGGCAAUUGCGUUGGAAACGAUUGGAGAAUUUGCCUUUUACAAUUGUCCUAGUCUCCUUGCUUUCAAGUGCCCAUCCGAUGUAAAAACUAUUAAGGAGGGAGUCUUUGCAUAUUGUGCAAAGCUAAAGGAAAUUGAUUUCACCGAGGCAACUGCGUUGGAAACGAUUGGAAAACAAGCCUUUUACAGAUGUCCUAGUCUCCUUGCUUUCAAGUGCCCAUCCAAUGUCAAGACUAUUGGAGAAUAUGCCUUUAGGGGUUGUGCAAAGCUAAAGGAAAUUGAUUUCACCGAGGCAACUGCGUUGGAAACGAUUGGAGAACAAGCCUUUUACGAUUGUCCUAGUCUCCUUGCUUUCAAGUGCCCAUCCAAUGUCAAGACGAUUGGAAAGGAGGCCUUUCAGCAGUGUGAAAAUCUAAAGGAAAUUGAUUUCACCAAGGCAACUGCGUUGGAAACGAUUGGAGAAGGAGCCUUUUACGAGUGUACUAGUCUUGAAAACGUCUACUUUGCUCCCAACGUGACGGUUGUCCCCAAGAAUAUCCUCGAAGACUGCCCCAAUCUCCAAUUUUUGAAGAUUCCCAGUGGCAAUCCAGCGAUUCACAUUCGAUUGUACACAUCACUCAAUGAAGAUGAAAAGCAUUUGAUCACCUUGAAUGACAUAGUGAAUGUCUAUGCUUGCAAUCCAAUCAAGAAUUCCGAAUUGUUGGAGAACUCGGGGGACGAAAAAUCGAUUCUUCACCAAGUGAGAGCAAUGUAUAUCGGCUCCAUUGUCGAUGGUACACGUCGUUUGCUUUCGAUUCCGGAACGCAAUGGGUGGUUGCAAUUCUUGGCGAACAAUAUGGGCGACGGAACGGAUGACCCAGACAUGAGCAAGUUAUUGGACUAUCUUGAAACUGUGGAUAUCGAAAGAGUCCGACAGCUUGCCGAAACCAAGGAUCAAUCAGAGCGCACUGCAAAGUCGGUGGCAUCCAAACACAUCCAAGAAGUGUUUGAAGACCGAUUGUUCUUUCUCGGCCGCUACGAUAUUGCAAGAGGACCACCCAUUCACCAGUCGGCAACUUGUGUUGUGGUCAAGGCAACGGAUGCCAAGAUGAGGGAGUACUUUGAAGCAGAGUAUAAACCAUAUGAAGGAAGAGAAGUAGACGAGGAAUUGUUCCAGGAGAUAUUGGGCAAGUUGAAGUUGAUCCCACACGACAAGAAAAACAUCAAGGGUCUCUUCCAACGGGCAGAUGUUGACCGAACGAAAAAGAUUUCCAAAGAAGAAUUUGUGGACUUUUGCUUGGCCGAAAUUGGUGGCAAUGUGGUUCUAAAGCUGAUGCAGAACAAGGAUCAGUUUUGCCGAGAGGUGGAGCGUCGGGAACAGAAUAAUCUGGACUCGAAAUAUGUGGUUGGUAGUAUUGGAAAUCAUGAUUUGGUCCAAGCAUCAGGAAAGGAUACCGCCAACCAGACAUUUCGGGAGAAGGUGGGUGUUUCGGCAGAGAAUUACAGCAAUGUCCUUGUGAUGCCUUAUGGAGAUCGGAAUUUGGACACUAUCUUUCGAAGUGAACGUCCUACACCAAUUACGGUUCGCCAUUUGAUGAAGCAAGUGGGAGAGGCCUUGCAGCAUUUGCAUAAGAUGAAGAUCAUUCAUGGUGACAUCAAAAUGUUGAAUGUGGUGAGAAUCACUCAUCUACUGGAGCUGAUUGAUUUGGAUGCAUCGACGAAAAUUGGUGAUUCUGCUGGAUCCAAGUUUUCUUCUGGAGUGCUUCCACCAGAGAUGACAUGUAAGCUGAACACUCGAGAAGAGUUGGAAAUGUUCGAGCGGUAUGUCCAGAAUGGAACAGCAAGCGAUGAUGAGAAGCAAAAACGAAAGGUCUUGGUCACAACUGGGCAAGACAAGCAAUACUUUGUCGUUCGUUCGUUUUGGGAGGAGGAGCAGACGGUCGAGACAACUGACAAAUUCGAGGGUAAAGACAAGGUCGAGAAAAAGCUAAUGCCAAUGAACAUGAAUGGGCUGCCGUAUGGGCUUGUGGAGGCCGAUGCCAGUCUGGAUGUAUGGUCGUUUGGUGUGCUGUUGUUCGAGCUGGUGACAAAGGAGCCUUUGUUCAAGGUGAACAAUGAGAACGAUAUCACAGACGGUGACGUGAUGAGACAGCUACACAACUGGACUGAUGAAGACAUGAAGAUCAUAUUGAAUCGCAAAGUAACGGAUAAGUAUGCUCGUGAGGUGCUGCAGCACAUGCUUUGCCGUGAACCGACAGAUCGGUGGACGAUGGAAAAACUGCUAGAGCUCGAUUACUUCAAACCGGAACACGUGCAAGCAGCGAAUGAAUUAAUGAAACGAAUUGAGACAACGACUGCACGAACUGAGACAACAGUUGCACGGACUGAGACCAUAGCUGCACGGACUGAGACCAUAGCUUUGGAGAAUCGAGAAAUCAUUAAAACAAAUUUUGAUCAAAUACACAAAGCACUAAAGAGUGUCCUGAGCCAUCAAAAAGUCGCCAAUUCUCUUUUGAAAAGCAUCUUUCAAGGGAUGGACAAGUCGCAACCAAAGCAUUUUGUGAUUCUUCCACCAGCGGAACAAGGCAAGGACAAGAAUGCGUUCUCUGGCUUUCUGUCAAAGAUUAAGAAUACCAGCAUUUUCAACACCAAGGCGAGGCUGUGUUUCAUUUGUCCUAUAUCGCUACAACCAGUUGUGGGAGCAGACGGUGAAGCGAUUGGGUAUGAUAUUGAGUUGCCCCAGGGAUGGAUCAAGGAGUAUGGGCCUGCCAUUCUCAUCGGACUGAAGAUUUUCCAAGUAGGUUUUGCAGUGGGUCGUGGAUUUGGACUUCCUCUCCCAUCGUUAAGUGGGGCUGAAGAAGGAUUGAAGGAGGCUUCAUCUCUCUUUUCUGAGAUGCAAGGUUUGUUGGUGGAUGGAAUGGGAGGCGAUGACAAGGAAGAUUCCCUUGCGGACAUGUUGCUGGAACGAUUCACGGACGAAAUCGAUACUGCAGCCUCUGGCGAAGGCCCACCUACUGCUGAAAUGGGAACCAAGCAUCGAGCUAGGCUUCAAAAGUCGUAUCAAGGCAUUGGCACUCUCAUUAAAGAUGAGGAAUUCAAACGUUGUGGUCUUGUCAAGGGAAUGAGUGAUGUUGGGGAGGAGAUUGAGUAUGUGCAUCCAGAUGUGGAGCCACUCUUCAAAAAGUUUGGAUCUAAAUGCUUGGGGAUGCCAUUCGAAGAACGGGAGAAGGAGAAUGCGAAACUAGCUGCCGAAGCUCGAAGUGAAAAGGAAAAGCAAGUUGUAACGAGAAGCCCUGCCAAUGGAGAAGAUGAAAAGGCAAAGGGUGGGACUUUGGUAUCAUCGGUAACAGCACCACCACCACCACCAAGCGGUAGUCCUAUCAAAUUGAUGGCUGAACAUCCGCGAGACGAAGUAAAUCUCUCUGAAGAACAAGGACGACAGAUAAUGGUAAAAUCAGCACCCUCGUCCACUAACUCUGACAGUGAAGCAGUUGCACGCUUGGAAGAAAAGCUCACCAAGUUAGAAGGAAAGAUGGACUCUUCUAGUGAGCCAAGGUUUCAAGGCAUGGCACAGGGAUCGGGCCAUGUGGUUCGGAAAGGCUGGUUACGCAUUCAAAGCCGUUGGCCUCCCUAUUUAUGGAAAGAACGAUAUGUCGAGGUCUACAAGAAUGGCAGCAUUACACACUAUCCCAAUCGUGGUUCAACGUUUUCUUCUGUCAAAUGGAUCGAUAUGGAGGAUGGUGCCACAAUGGAGCUACGUUCUGCCAAAAACAAAGUGAUUGCCACGGCCAAACUAUCGACGCGCUGUUCUAGUACCAUUGAUGAUUGGUGCCACAGCUCGAAAACCAAUGAGGGAUCUGGCAGGAAUGUCGAAACUUCCAGUGGCUGA